GCCCAUUAGCUUGGGCUUCUUUAUAGUAUAGAGUGGGUAUAAACAGAGGAAAAGAAUAUUCGCUGUGAAUCAGACGCGGGAAAACAGAUUCCACCCUUAUCCAUGGAUGCGUAAAUAGGACACGUGUUUACCUCAAAGAGGUCUGUCAUUUAACUAUCAUGUCCCCCACAGUUGUGAAUUUACUUGGAGAAAAGAAACAAAUCUAGACAGAAGAAGAAUGAAAUAAUCGGAAAAAGAAAAAAUAAUACAAACAUAGAAUAUAAUCUUAAUGAAAAAAGACUGAAACAGGAGAGACACGCAAGCAUACAUAUCCAGUUGGAUCAGAACGGUUGUUCUUUGCAUCAUCUCUGACUACCAGUAAAAGGUCGAAGAGAGAGAUAGAGAGAGAGGAGAAGAUGACGCACGCAGACGAGAUGGUGUUCAUUGAGCUACCAGCCCCUUCUUCAUGGACGAAACUGUAUUAUCCGGAGCUAGCAGGUUCACCGAGGAAGACAAAGAUCGUGUUCGUAGCUCCAACUGGUGAAAGGAUCAGCUCACGCAAGCAGCUUGAGAAGUACCUCAAGGCUCACCCUGGGAGUCCUGUCAUCUCUGAGUUUGACUGGACUAAUGGGGAGUCUCCGAGGCGAUCUUCCAGGAUCAGCCAGAUGGUGAAGGCUACCCCAACCCCCACUCCUGAUGAGAAAGAGCCUCCCAAGAAGAGGAGACGCUCUUCUGUCUCUAAGAAGGGGGGUAAAGGGGCUGCUGCUGCUGAGCAAAACGAAGAGGCGCAAGAAGGGGAGGUUGUUGCUGAGGAGAAUGUGGAGGCUGACAAGAACGGAGAGGCGGAAGAGUCUGCUGUGAAGGCUGAGGCUGAGAAGGAGGGAGAAGUUGUGGCGGACGAGAAAGAGCCUAUGGAGGUGGAUACCUCUGAGGUGGUGAAGAAGGCUGAGGGUGAAGGAACCGCUGAAGAACCUCCCAAGGUUGAAGUCCUCAAGGACACUGAAAUGAAAGAACCAGUGGAAGCUGUUGCUGCUGAGGUGAAUGGAGAGGAGAAGGCUGCUGAGGAAGAGACUGAGAACAAGGAGCUGACUUUUGGUGAGCCUAAGCUUGCUGCGGAUGCAGAAGCUGAUAAGGGGAAUGAAACCAAAGAAGCUGAGGAGAAGAAGGAAGAUGGUGAGCCCAAGCUUGAUGCAGACGCUGAAGCUAAUAAGGUGAAUGGAACAGAAGAAGCUGAGAAGAAGAAGACAGAAGCUGUUGCAACAAUAACCGAGGGGGACGAGGCAGGCACAAGGAAAGAGUUUGUUGUUGUUUGAUUUGAGUUUUUUUCAUUUGUAGCUUUAAAGAUUAUUAUGUGUUUGUUGUUGUUGCUGUUUUUUUAUGUGCUGGUAGAGAACUAAUGUCUAUGUAGUUCAGUCCAUUAUCAUUAGACUCUUUGUACUCGCUGCGAAGUUUUUAAUGUUAGGCAUCCAGUCUGUUUCUUUUUUCA